AGGCGUGUCAGACUGCAUCUGGCUGUCUAAACAGGUGAUAGUUCAGAAUGAGGAGCGCUGCAGUUUUUCUGGCGUUGUUGCUCUGUCUGCAAUGGACGUGGGCUCAGGGUGAGAGUGGAGAGGUGACAGGGACAGACGCUGAGACAGAGGGGGGAAACAGGCAGGAAGAGGUUCAGUUUGAGAUACAGGGUGUCGGAGCAGCCCAUGAUCAGAGCAGCAGCCAGACCAACAUCAGCCCUGACAUCUGGGCUGAGCUCAAGGAGCUGAGAGACAUGGCCAUCGAACAAAAGGUGGAGCUGAGGAACAGCAAGAGCAAGAUAGAGAAGCUGGAACAAGAGAAUGCAGCCACACAGGCCAGACUGACAGCCAGUGAAAGCAAGAAUGCAGUUUUGGAGGCCAAAAUGAGCUUCUAUGAAGGUGUGGUCAAGGAGCUUCAGAGAGAAAACAUGGUGUUGGAAACCAGAAUGAGCUCCAGUGAAAACGAGGUGGCAGAGCUCAAGAGAGAGAAUGCAGCCACACAGGCCAGACUGACAGCCAGUGAAAGCAAGAAUGCAGUUUUGGAGGCCAGAAUGAGCUCCUAUGAAGACAUGGUCAAGACACUCCAGAGAGAGAACAAAGUACUGGGGGCCACAGUAACCGCCAGCAACAACAAGGUGGAGGAGCUCAGGAGAGACAACACAGUUUUGGAGUCCAGAGUGAACACCAGUGAAAAUUUGGUGGCGGAGCUCAGGAGAGAAAACAUGGUGUUGGAAACCAGAAUGAGCUCCAGUGAAAACGAGGUGGCAGAGCUCAAGAGAGAGAAUGCAGACCGUCCAAAGGUGGCGUUCUCAGCUGGUCUUACUGACGCAGGACCCGUUGGACCCUUCAACACUGAGAUCACACUUAAGUUCAGUAAAGUCUUCACCAAUAUCGGCCAGGCCUACAGCCCAACUACAGGUAUCUUCACAGCCCCAGUCAGAGGAGUCUACUACUUCAGAUUCACAGUGUGGGGGGGCCGCCCUUCAGCUUGGAUGGGUGCUUAUUUGUAUCACAAUGAGAAGAGAAUGACACUUAGUUACGAUUACAAUGAUGAACAAGCCUAUGUCUCUGCGUCUAAUGCAUUAAUUCUUCAACUGGAAAAGGGAGAUGUGGUCUACAUGACUCUCUACCCAGGCAGUGGUGUUUUUGAUGAUUCAUUUAAUCGUACCAUUUUUAGUGGAUUUCUGCUUUUUGCUCUGUGAAGUCACCUGUAAAACAUCCACAGUCAGUUGCAUUAAGUUUUGACAUCACACUAUAAAAA